CAUUAUUCUUUUUUCCCAUUCUACAUACAAAGCAUAAUUUUGCGGCGCAACCUUUAUCGUUGUUGUAUGCACGAUCUAAACUAACUUGGCUCAAACAGAGGAAUACCUCCCUUGCCAACAAGAUUAAAAGAACGGUAACUUGUUGAAGAAUUUAAUUGAUUUGAAGAUUUUUCAGAUAUCUAAUGAAGAAUUUUUAUAUGAAAGCAUUUUGUGCUUGCUAUCCUCAUAUGUGGAAAUUGAAUGAAUUUAGUAUGCAACUUAUAGUUUGUUUGUUUAUUUAAUUUAUGACGUAUGGCAGUCUGGACCCGCACCGGGUCAGUCAUUAUGGCUGCACCCAACUCACCUCCGGUGCGUUAUUGUUGGGAACCGGCGAGCCAAAUGAAGUGACGCAGUCACCCAAACCCACGCCGGCAGCGGACCCCAAUCCACUGAAAUCCCUAGUCAACAAGGCAACUGUGCGGGUCCCACUGGUCCUCUACGUGGCAGAUCCACUAAAAACUAAAAACUGCAUUUGAUAAUGCCACUGACGUCCGCCACGUAAAAAACGGAGAUUGAUUUCCUUUUUUCUGUACUCUCUCUUCACUUUUUGGCGGGUAAAUCCCUAAUUCUUCCGCUAAAACAUUUUCCCUUCCCUCCUUCCCCCAAAGGAAUCCAAUAACACUUUUCCCGCUAUCCUUUUUCCUGACAACCCGGCCUCUAAGCCCAGCCCGGCCCGCCCCUCAAAAGACCAAACGAAGCCAGUAAGCCACUCUUUUUAAUUGACCAAUUGCGAAAGUAAGUCUUCUACUAGGGUUUAAUCCAAAGAAGAAAAUCUUUUUACUAGGGUUUUUACUGGCCUUUGGGGGUGAUUUGUCACCUUGCGCAUGGCUUGUCACAGUCGCACCGCAUUGAGACAAAAUUAAGCUUAUUAACUGUGCGAAAAGGGGUUUUCUUGGUAUUAAAAAUGAAGAACAAAUGUGGGGUUUAUGGAAUCUAAGUGGACAGUUACUAGUUCGUACUCGUACUAAUACUCGAGCUUUUUAGUGGCUGGGUCCCUUUUGCAUUCAUUCCUAAAAUUUGAUUGUUUUUGUCCAGGAGGAUGCCGUCUUGAAGCUCCCAUUUUCAUUGUUGGCCACAGCGUGAGGGUGAGUUCAUUCUUCUCAUUUCUCUCUACCCAGCAGCUGUUCAGUGUGUUUGGUUGCUUUGAGUGAGUGAGCAAACGAAACCCAUGUGCAUUUUUUGUAUUUGCAGGAGAUUUGGCUUCCCUUUUUCUUUAAAGUUGAGAGAGUUCUUUUGUAGGGAAAGGAUUCCCAACCCGGAACCACCCACCUCCCACAUUGUUAAAUCAAAAGUUUUGAGAGAUCUUUUGUGGGAAAAUGUCGUCUCUUUUACCUUUUUCGGUUGCUGUACACGGCUGGCUUUCGUUGUAGCUGGUUUUUUCGCCAUUUAAAGCUCUCUCUGGGUCAGCUCUUUUGAAGACGAAUCUUUACUUUCUCGAAGCUUGGAGGAGCUGGUGGUUGGAAAGGGUCUCACAAACUCGCCGGAGUUGGUUCAAGGUCUGUAUUUGUCUUUUCCUCUCUGGGUUUUCUGCACAUUUCCUCAUUUACCCGCUGAAUGGUUGAAAUGGCUCGCUCUUGCUAGGUUUCCAGCUUCAGAGAUCCUCGUUUCUGGUUGAAAAGUGGGUGGUGGUAGUUUCUUUAGUCGGAAAAACUUUCCCAUUUUGAUAUUUGCGGUUGAGGUUACCUUACUGCUGUGGAGAGGUGAAGCAAAGGCAUUACUACAGUACUAUGAAGCUUUUGAGGUUGUUAGUUUUGUCCCUCCUGUUCCUAUCUGCCAUGGGGCAGCUCCCUUCACAGGAUAUCUUAGCUUUGCUUGAGUUUAAGAAGGGUAUCAAGCAUGACCCAACUGGGUAUGUUCUCCAGUCAUGGAACGAGGAGUCAAUAGACUUCAACGGCUGCCCUUCUUCUUGGAAUGGCAUAGUAUGCAAUGGGGGAAAUGUAGCUGGAGUUGUUCUAGAUAACUUGGACCUCGCUGCAGAUGCAGACUUGAGUGUUUUUGCCAACCUCACAAUGCUUGUUAAGCUCUCCAUGGCAAACAACUCCAUAACGGGCCAGAUUCCUGUAAACAUUGGUGACUUCAGGAGCCUCGAGUUCCUUGAUCUUUCCAACAAUCUCUUUUCUUCAUCCCUGCCUCCUGGGGUUGGUAAAUUGGCGAGCUUAAGGAACCUCUCUUUAGCUGGGAAUAACUUCUCUGGUUCUAUUCCUGACUCAAUCUCUGGGCUUUCAUCCAUUCAGUCCCUGGACUUGAGCCACAACUCGUUUUCUGGGGUAGUACCAGUGUCACUGACCAGGCUGAAUAGCCUGGUUUUCCUAAACAUGUCUUCUAACAGGUUUAUGAAGAAAAUCCCCAGAGGGUUUGAACUGAUUUCGAGUCUACAAGUGCUUGACUUGCAUGGAAACAUGUUUGAUGGUCGUCUUGAUGGGGAGUUUUUCCUUCUAACAAAUGCCAGCCAUGUAGAUUUCAGUGGGAAUAUGUUGGGUGGUUCUAGUUCAGGGAAAUUAUUGCCAGGUAUAUCUGACAGUGUCAAGUACUUAAACUUGAGUGGCAAUCAGCUUACUGGUUCACUAUUGAGUGGAACCGAGUUGCGCUUGUUCUCUAGCUUGAAAGUGUUGGAUUUGAGCUACAAUCAGCUAUCUGGAGAGCUGCCUGGAUUUGAUUUUGCUUAUGAGCUGCAGGUCCUCAAACUCAGCAACAAUAUGUUCACUGGAUUUGUCCCCAAUGACCUAUUGAAAGGAGAUUCACUACUUCUCAAUGAGCUUGACUUGAGUGGAAACAAUCUAUCAGGAUCAAUAACUGCAAUUAUGUCAACAACUCUGCGUGUGCUUAAUCUCGCAUCGAAUGGACUCAAGGGGGAACUUCCUUUGUUAACAGGAGGCUGUGGUGUUCUUGAUCUAUCAGGCAACCAGUUUCAGGGAAAUCUCUCCAGGAUACUGAAAUGGGCAAAUGUUGAAUACCUUGAUCUCAGCAAGAAUCGUUUGACAGGGCCAAUUCCUGAGGCAGCCCCUCAACUCUUGCGUUUGAAUUAUCUCAACCUCUCCUACAACUCUCUUACUGGCUCUCUCCCAAGAGCUAUUACCCAGUUUCCAAAGAUGAGGGUCCUGGAUCUAACUUCCAACCAGUUAGAAGGCCCACUGUUGACUGAUCUUUUGACUUUGCCUACUCUGCAAGAACUUCACCUUGGCAACAAUGCACUCAGUGGUGCCAUCGACUUCCCUCCUCCCAAUACUAAAUCCAACCUUCAAGUUCUCGACUUUUCUCACAAUCGUCUUGAUGGGUAUUUCCCUGAUCGGUUCGGGUCACUGACAGGACUUCAACAGCUCAAUCUUGCAGGAAAUAACAUUUCUGGUUCUCUACCAACUUCCAUGUCUGGCAUGAGUUCACUUACCUUGCUUGAUUUGUCGCAGAAUCACUUCACAGGUCCUAUACCCAGCAACUUGUCGACAGCCCUUGCAAGCUUCAACGUUUCCAACAAUGAUCUUUCAGGGGUUGUCCCAGAGAACUUAAGGACAUUCCCUACCUCUUCAUUCUACCCUGGAAACACCAAAUUAACUCUCCCAGGCGGCCCUCCUGGAUCAAGCAAUGCCCCAGCUGAAAAAUCGAGGAGGAAACCAAUCAACACAGCAGUAAAGAUAGUAGUGAUAGUUUCCUGUGUGAUUGCAGUAAUCAUUCUCAUAAUGCUUGCCGUCUUCAUCCAUUACAUCCGCUUAUCAAGCCGAUCUUCGGCAGACGAAGUCGCCGGGAAAGCCAUCGGGAGCCGCCCGGGGAGCAAGAUAUCCGGUGUUGGCGGAAGCAGCGGGGGCGGUGGACCGUUAGUUGUUUCUGCAGAGGAUCUGAUGUCAGCUCGCAAACCUUCAUCGUCCGAAAUCCUGAGCCCCGACGAGAAACUGGCUGCUGUAACUGGAUUCUCACCGUCGAAGCACAGCCGGGUGUCCUGGUCCCCAGAGUCAGGAGAUUCGCUGCCUUCUGAAGCACUGGCGAGACUGGAUGUUCGGUCACCUGAUCGGCUAGUUGGUGAGCUGAAUUUCCUCGAUGACAGCAUUGCAUUGACCCCCGAGGAGCUGUCGAGAGCCCCUGCUGAAGUAUUGGGCAGGAGCAGCCAUGGCACUUCCUACAGAGCUACUCUGGAUAACGGCGUGUUCUUGACUGUGAAGUGGUUGAGAGAAGGCGUGGCCAAGCCGAAGAAGGAUUUCGCAAAGGAGGCGAAGAAGUUUGCCACUAUCAGACACCCGAAUGUGGUGGGAUUGAGAGGAUAUUACUGGGGGCCGACGCAGCAUGAGAAGCUCAUUCUUUCAGACUACAUCUCGCCGGGAAGUCUGGCAAGCUUUCUCUUUGAUCGGCCAGGCAGAAGAGGCCCGCCACUGACAUGGCCACAGAGGCUGAAGAUCGCAGUGGACGUUGCACGCAGCCUGAACUACCUCCAUUUCGACCGUGCAGUUCCACACGGCAACCUCAAGGCCACCAACGUCCUCCUCGACGGUCCAGAGCUCAACGCACGAGUCUCCGACUACUGCCUCCACCGCCUCAUGACACAAGCAGGCACCGUGGUCCAAAUCCUCGACGCGGGCGUGCUGGGCUACCGCUCCCCCGAGCUGGCUGCUUCCAAGAAACCUGCUCCGUCGUUCAAGUCGGACGUGUAUGCGUUCGGUGUGAUCGUGCUGGAGCUGCUGACGGGAAGGUGUGCAGGGGACGUGAUCUCGGGCGAAGAAGGGGCGGUCGACUUGACGGACUGGGUCAGGCUGAGGGUGGCGGAAGGGAGAGGGACAGAGUGCAUCGAUCCAUCAAUGGUGCUGGAAAUGGGGAACGCGGGAGUGGAGAAAGGGAUGAAGGAGGUGCUUGGGAUUGCGUUGAGGUGCAUUCGAUCGGUUUCUGAGAGGCCAGGUAUCAAGACCAUUUAUGAAGAUCUCUCUUCCAUAUGAUGAACAGCCGUCCUUUCUUUCUGCAGUGUAGUUUUAGUUAUGGAGUUGGUGUUUUGUUUUCUGCAAUGUUGUUGGUGGGGAGGUUUUAAUGUCUCGUUGGGCCUCUCCUAUGGAAGGAAGCAAAGAGAGUGUUUAGGGGAAUAUUUUGGUGGGUUGUGUAAUGUUUUGGUAAUGUGAUUGUAGGGUAGUGGGAUGUGGUUAGUUUAUGGUAAAAGGGGUUUUGGCGACUGCCUUUGGUUGCCUGCUAAUUUGUAUUAACAACAACCAUUGGGUGUAAAGAUGGAAGAAGGGGAUGGAUCUGUCAAUGCAUGCAAAGGGGUUUUUUGAGAUUUUGUGAGAUGUUGACAUGGCAUUGAUCUGAUCAGGUGAGCAAUAAUUAUAAAAUUGUAUCGUAUUC